UCACACCCUCCACGCCCGCCGUCUCCAACGUGCUCAUCAACCCGUCUCUGAUUGGCUCCAAGAACAUCCUCAUCACCGCCAACAUGGUGUCGCAGAGCUCGGCCGGCGCCGGCGGUGGCGGUGGCGGUAGCGGCGACUCGCUGAAGAGGAAGCACGAAGACGAGGACGACUACGACGCUUUAUGACGGCGCGACUGAAGACGAAGGAUCUUUCUCUUCUCCUCUUUUUUGUUGUUGUUGUUGUUGUUGUUGUUGUUGAAUGAAUCGCACCGGUUGACCGCCUGCUACUGUUCUCACCAAAAACCGUGGACUACAGUAUACUUGUGGGGUCCGGACAGCCUCGUGGGGACCAAAAUGCUGGUCCCCACAAGGUUAAAGGGCUGUUUCAGGGUUAAGACUUGGUUUUAGGACUAGGGUUAGA